UGAUUGGGAAUUAUCGCUUCUCCUCCCAUUUUGAUUUCCCAAUUGGAAGAAAAUUUCCCCUCCGCUCUGGAGCGGAAAUAGCAGAGACGCCGUGCUCCGCCCCAAUUCCGCCGGAAAUUUGCGACAUUCAAAAUCAAAAUUCCCACCAAAAAUGGUGAUGUGGGUAUUCGGGUACGGCUCUCUUAUUUGGAAAACUGGCUUCCCUUAUGACCAAAAACUCCCCGGCUGUAUCAAAGGCUACCGCCGUGUCUUCUAUCAAGGAAGCACCGAUCAUAGAGGAACGCCCGACUUUCCCGGAAGAACAGUCACAUUGGAGCCUGCUGAAGGGGAAAUAUGCUGGGGUGUCGCUUACAAGAUCACCAGAAAGGAGGAUGAAGAAACUGCACUAGAACAUUUGGAAGUGAGGGAGAAACAAUAUGACAGAAAGGAAUAUGUGGAUUUUUUCACUGACCCCAUAGCUACCUCCCCUGUUGUUUCUGGAGUAAUGGUAUAUAUUGCAUCUCCAGACAAGAAGCUAAACAAGAAUUACCUCGGCCCUGCAUCUCUCGAGGCGAUUGCAAAGCAGAUAAUUAGUGCAGAAGGGCCCUCAGGACCCAACAAAGACUACCUUUUUCACCUUGAAAAGGCUCUUCUUCAGUUUGGAUGGGAAGAUGAACAUGUAAUGGAUCUAGCAAAUGAAGUCAGAAGCCUUCUUUCCGAUGGGGAGCACAUGGCUGCUUAGGCGAAUGUUGAUGAUAAGCUUCUGCCACCUCAAUCAAUCUGAUGGUUCGAUGUACUGUCAGGUUUUUGCCCAUUUGCAAAAAAUCCUCACUGCUGUCUCUCGUCGGAGUUUGGGGUGUGUCUUUGUUGCAAUGUAGCUGAUCAUCCUUUGCUGCCUCUUAUGUCUUAGUUCUAAUGUGGUUGAUCAUCCUCUUGGCCAGUUGACAAAAAGAUUAUUAAUGUCUUGAUUGUUAUAUUAUACUUUGAUUUGGUUGGCCAAAGUUGGAAAUUUUCAAGUAAUGCAACUGUCUUUUUCUUU